GUCGUCCCUCAGUCUCACUUCGUCAUUUCAAUCGUCAAACAGCCUCCAUCCUCAGUCCAUCUGGGUUCUGGAUUGGGGGCUGCACGUCGUGCGUGUCCACACUUCUCUCAUCAAGGAGCACCAACCAGGAGAGUCUGACGAGGUCUUUGGCCGCCUCAGAGGGUCCAACAGGCCUGAGAGGACCAGACCAUGAAUGGCCGAGCUAGCUUCACGAGGCUACUCAGUCAGGCAUGGACAUCAAAACAUUCACAUACUGUAGUAUCUACAAGGCUAACAGCCCUCAUCACUCGACAUCGAGUCUCACGCACGCUACGACCUCAUCAUGCCUGCCGAAGCCCCUAAGGAUGUAUCAAUCGAAGAGGUCGUGGCUUUGACUCAAACGCCUGUUCAGAUCGACUCCUCCAACCCAGACUUUGGUUCCACUGGCGGUCCCGGUGAGACAGCGAUCGCGACGUACAUCAACGCAUGGCUUCAACACCGCGACAUUGAGACUCACUGGAUCGAGCAGACCAAGGGCCGACCUUCAGUCGUCGGUAUCGUACGGGGCUCCGGUGGCGGCAAGAGCCUCAUGUUCAACGGCCACAUCGACACCGUAACUCUACUAGGUUACGAUGGCGAUGCCCUCGGUGCCCAAAUCAUCGACGGCAACAUGUACGGCCGCGGCACAGCCGACAUGAAGAGUGGUCUCGCAGCCGCUAUGCUGGCACUCCUCCACGCCAAGACCCUCAAUCUCAAAGGCGACGUGAUUCUUGCGGCCGUCGCCGACGAGGAAUCCGAAAGUCGCGGCACCGAACAGCUGCUGGCAGCAGGAUGGCGCGCCGACGCCGCUAUCAUUGCCGAGCCCACGGGAACGGACAUCAUAAACACGCACAAGGGCUUCGCGCUCUUUGAAGUCGACAUCCAUGGGAAAGCUUCCCACGGAUCACGACCAGACCUAGGGAUCGACGCGAUCGCCAAAGCCGGGUACUUCCUCGUCGAAUUAGACAAAUUCGCCCACCAGCUCCAACGUCGCUUCGACAAAGAGGCUAAUCCACCGGAGACCGGUGCGCCUAGCAUUCACUGCGGAAUCAUCAAGGGCCGCGAGGAAGUGGCGUCCUAUCCGGCCAAAUGCACAAUCCACAUCGAACGACGAAACAUUGCGGGCGAAACGCAAGAAGGCAUCACAACGGAGCUGGAAGUCAUCCUCGAGAACCCGGUGGCUACGGUGCCGGAUUUCAAAUACGAGCUUCGCAGCACGUUCUUCCGACCGCCCUACUAUCUCCCACGCGACCAUGCUUUCAUCAAGUUGGUGGAGGGGCAUUUGACGACGGCGAUGGGCGGCGCCUCGAUCACGAUCCGAGCAGAGAAGUAUUGGACGGAUGCAGCUUUGUUGUCGGACGUGGAUAUUCCAUCAGUGAUCCUUGGUCCCAGGGGAUAUGGAUUGCACUCGGAGAAGGAGUGGGUGGAGGUCGAGUCGCUGCGCCAACUCAGUGACGCAUUCAAGUCGACUAUGGAAGAGUUUUGUAGUUAGAGGUAUCGAUCGGGAUCAGUGUUC